AUACUAUGUGGAGAUCAAUCACCUGCCUCUUUCCAUUCAUCAUUACGAUAUUGGCAAUGCCAAAAGGAAACGACCCUCACCCGUGCCCUGGACCAGCAGAAAAAGGCCCCUGUAAUAGAAACUUAUAUAAAUGGGCUUUCGACCAUGACAGGAAAGAGUGUUUAAUGUUUAUAUGGGGUGGAUGUGCAGGGAAUGAAUGGAACAGAUUUGAAACAGAAAGACACUGUCAAAACAGAUGUAUAGGUCUCGGAAGGGGAGUAUCCUUAUCGAAACAGACUGCUAAGCCGAGAGAGAAGCGUGGCCCCCAGCUGACAUUUCAAGAAACAGGCAUUGGCGACACAUUCAUGUUUGCUCAGUCGAAUACCUUCAUACAGAUAGAUGGAGAUAUAAUUCAGACAUUUCAAUUAAGGUUAUGCCGACAAAUCUCCUUCCAGUUUCGAACACGUCUGCCUCAUGGCCUCCUAGUAUAUCAUAACGUUAAAGUUCCUACAGGUGUAUCUUUACAACCAUAUGCCUUGUACGUUAUAGUACAACAGGGACAACUCAAAGUCGUACAUGUUUAUGGAAAACAUUCCACAGCACUCACGGUUGGUAGAGGACUCAACAAGGAUGAAUGGCAUUCAGUGACGGUGCGAAUAGACGUUCAUAGUGCAAAAUUAAUGGCUUUUGUAGACGACUUGAAAGAAGAAACAGCUCUGAAAGGACUAGAUAAGGAGAAUAACUACGGAGUUGCUGCUAAUGUUACAUCGGUUAUUCUUAUUGGAGGUUUGAGUUCAGAAGAACGUCUGCAUGGUGUCAAAUACAUUAUCGAAUCCUUCGUUGGGUGUAUAAAAAAUGUAAUUUUGAGUACGGGAAAAUCUGCAUCUGAUCUUUUACCCAUUACUCCUUUGAUAGCAACAAAACAUGAAAACGUUCAGGAAGGAUGUACCAAUAAGUGCAUCACGGACGAAAAUCUCUGUUUCCGGGGAUCUCGUUGUAUCAACCACUACAAUACUUUAACGUGCGAUUGUUUUGGUACAAAAUAUGAAGGGGAAUAUUGCGAUAUGUACACUGCGACAAUUCUCACCUUGAGAGGCUCAUCUUAUGUUUCCUAUCGAGUUUAUGACUGGAAAGAUCGGGUACACUCAUCGGUAACACGUUUUUCAUUGAUGUUCAAAACAAGAUUUGAUGAUUCAGCACUAUUGUAUGCUGCUGGAGGAGAACAGGGUUUGGAUCAUUAUAUCGCUGCUUCCAUUUACAAUAACACUAUUUUCAUAGAGGUAAAUUUUGGCGAGGAUCCCUUGGUUACAAUCCUGGGCCAGACACCAGACUUCAAGCUCUACCAGUGGAACAAUUUAACUAUUUUUCAUGAAUACGAUAAACUUCAUUUGAUUUUGAAUGACGAAAUUGUAACUGUCAAUAUCACCGGUAUCCCACUACUCUAUAUUGAUCCAGAAAUCUACAUAGGAGGAGGACCAGAAUUGCAGAAGAAGACUGGUCUUAAGUCCACUAACAACUUUGUUGGCUCUUUGAAAUAUGUAUUUUAUAACGAUAUAUCCAUUAUUUAUGAACUGAAUAAAAAUAAUCCGAAAGUACAUUACAUCGGAAUACUAAGACCAGAAUUUUAUGAAGCAGAUGUGAAAGAUAUUCCGAUAACUUUUCCUUUUUCUUCCUCUCAUAUCUGGUGGCAUAACAAUCAUACAGAUAGUUUAUACCUUUCAUUCAGCUUCAAAGCUAGUAGUAACUUGAGUGUGGUUGCUUCUAGUGAAGCUCAAACAGGUAUUUAUUGGGAGAUACGCGUAGUCAACGACGAAAUUAGAUUUGAAUUAUCUGACAACGCUAAAAAUAUUACUCAUUUGAUUAGCGUUAAGAAGACACCAGGUAUAUGGCAUUCUCUCAAUCUCUCUUACACCAACGCUGAAGUUAUGUUGACAGUGGACAAUCGUUUUAAGCAAGAGAAAAUUGCUGACAUAAAGUUUGCAAUCGGUGAUAAAAUCAAGGUAGCUGCAGGGUCAAGAUCCAACUCUGGAUUAGUGGGCUGUAUGAUGGACAUAGUUGUGAAUGGAGCUCUGUUGGAACCCAGGUCGAUAUUACAAAGUGAGAGGGUGGUUGGUGAAGUUACUCUUGAUGACUGUAGAUUCAUUGAUGCUUGUAAAAGACCAAAUACUUGUGAACAUGGAGGAAAAUGUUCUGUGAAAGAAGACAGGCUCAUAUGUGAUUGUACGAAUACUGGAUAUAUAGGAAAAAAUUGUCAUUUUGCUCAAUAUAGGAAGACUUGUGAGGAACUAGCACUUUUGGGUUAUACAAAACCAGAUGUUUAUCUCAUUGAUAUUGAUGGAAAUGGAAGAUUCCCACCAGCUCAUGUUCGUUGCGAGUUCCAGAGUCAUGAAGAUUCUACUAAAACCAUCGUGGAACAUAAUUUACCGAGUCAGAUGGAUGUCAGAUCUCCCUCUGAGAAAGAUUUCAGUUUUAGCAUAAAAUAUCGAGAAUUUGAUGCAGAUAUGCUUCAAGAACUCGUGUCCCACUCCCUGAAUUGCAGCCAGUAUGUGAAAUAUGAUUGUCAGAGAGCUCCUUUAGAAUUACAUUCAGCCACCUGGUUUAUCAGUUCUGCAAACCAGACGGUGGAUUUCAUCGGUGACGUGAAAAGGGGCACAUGUCCGUGUUCUAUAGGAAAGAAAUGUGAAAAUAAAUCUCAGUGGUGCAACUGCGAGGAUAUAGAUGAUGAUAAAUGGUAUACAGAUGACGGUUAUUAUACAAAUGCCGACAUUUUAGGCAUAACAGAGAUGGUGUUUCUUCAACAACCUGAUUUGCCGGAGGACGCACUAGGAAGGAUUACUCUAGGACCACUAGAGUGUGUUGAAACGAAUACACAAAGGUAUGUUGUUACUUUCACUACAAGUCAAUCAUACAUAGAAGUUCCCGGUUGGAGAAAAGGCGAUUUGGCAUUCUCAUUCCGAACAACUGGAAAAAAAGCUAUCCUACUGUAUCAACCACCUAUUAGACCAAAUUAUCCCAGUUUUAUGGUAGCCUUAACGAGUGAUUUUCAGUUAACAUUUAAUUUCACUUUGAACACUGGAGUUUCCAAAGAAUUGGUCAUAAUAUCAGGAAGAAAACUCAAUGGGGGCGAGUGGCAUAAAGUUUGGAUCGAUUAUAAUAAGUAUCAUGUUAGAUUCAUGAUAAACGAGGAUUUUCAAAUGGUAAAUUUGAAACCAGAAGAAGAAUUUGGUCCAUUUGAAGGAUCUAUGUUCAUCGGAGGAGCAAUCAGCGAUCUUCUUGAUCCUACAUCUUCUGUUCACCAAGGACUGAUUGGGUGUUUUCGUGGUUUAGUUGUAAAUGAAGAAAUUUUGGAUAUCUAUAGCUACAUGAGUGUUCAUCUCAGUGAAAUCAUCAAGGAUUGCAAACCCUCCUGUGAUCCAAAUCCUUGCCAAAACGGAGCCCAAUGUAAAGAACUUUGGAGUAAUUUCCAGUGUAUCUGUCCAAACCCUUGGGCGUACAGCGGAGAGUAUUGCGAAACAAAUAUCAACACGAAUGCUAUAACAUUCACCCAACCCGAAUCAUUUUUGAGAAGGAAUUAUUUGGUCAACAGUACCAGCAGUGAAAAACUCGUCAUGACUAAAAUUUUUGAGGAAAGACUUUUAGUGAAUUUGAGAACUUAUGAAGAUCGAGCACUUGUUUUUUAUGCCAAUGAUCACUUGAAUAAUUUCGUCCAUUUGUACAUCGAUAACAGUACCCAAGUGGUAUUUCUAUUUAAUUACCAUGAUAAAAUACACAAUAUAACUGUAAAUUACCCUCAACUAAAUAGUAGUCAGUCGGUUCAGAUAGCAAUCGAACGAGAUAAGAAUAGUAGUACCAUGUACGUGAACAAUCAGAAUACUACUAUACCACUUGGAGUGAAACUUCUGGAGGAAUAUUCAAACAAACCGUGGAUGAAUCCUGAAAUGGAGGUACUGGCUCCUCAACGCCCACCAGCACCUCCAACGGAAUAUUUUCAAUUGAAUUUGGGUGGCUUCGAUCCUGAGACUUUACUAAAAGUUUCAAACUACCCGCCAAUUUUGCCUGGAUAUGUGGGGUGUCUAAGAGGUUUUCAAAUUGGCGAUAAUCGUAUAGAUUUACCUUCCAAAGUUAACGAAACUGAUUCAGGUGUUAUAGCUAACUGCAAUAUGAAGUGCGAUGAAGUACCAUGUAAACAUGAAGGUUUAUGUAUAGAAGAUUUUAGAAAUCAGAAGCACACCUGCAACUGUGAACAUACUAGUUAUUAUGGAGAGUUUUGUUCCGAAGAAAAAGGAGCCGAGUUUAAUGGAGAAUCAAUUUUAUGGCGAGAAUAUGUAUUGAAUGGAUCAGUAGACCAUGUUAAAUUUCAAUUGGCAUUCUCAAGUGUUGAUGUCAGUCAGAAAAAUACCGUACUGUUACUCCUCCAGACUGAAAAUAG